UUCAUUUUACCUGUUCUACUGUUCUACUUAUAUUGUCGAUUGGAAUUUUUGCAUAGCAAUUUCUUGGGUUGACAUCUGAAACGGAAAUAAUUUACAAGAAGCCGAGGUGCAGCGAUAACAACGAACGCAGUACAUGCGUUCGAAAACCACAAAGAAAAGUACCAGCAGCACAAUGGCCAACAUAUCGAUCAGUGCCCCUGGUCUGACCAGCGGCGGAUUUCUUUACAACAAUGGGAACAAUAAUGCGCGACUAUGCGUCACAGCCGAGACAGAAGAUUUCGACAUGGAGAUCAUCAAGAACUGGCAAGAGGAAGGAUUCGACGUCGUAUACCUCCCUUAUAACGGCGGAGGAAAAGACUACGCUCGCCGGCUACAGUCUGUAAAGGAUGGUCUUGGUGUAGGCGAAAACUAUGCCGUGAUCGCCUACGGUGACGCUGCGGAUUACUGUCUCGACUACUAUCUCAAUUCCAUCAACGCCAGUCGACUCUGCGCCCUGGUCGCCUACUACCCCAACCUAAUCCCCGAUACGCGAUCACGAUUCCCACUCUCGCUCCAGGUCCUCGUGCACUUGGCAGGCGAGACCGUGGACGUACUUGUUCAGCCCGUCGCGGUGGGCUUGCAAGGAAAGAAACGCCGCCAGACGCGGCCGAUCAACGCUGGCAUCGGGACUGGAGAGCGUUUGGAUUUGGCGUACCCGGCGUUUACAUAUGAUAAUGCCGUACCCGGGUUUGCAGAGACGGACUUGGAGGAAUACGAUCAUCUGUCGGCGGAUCUAGCCUGGACGAGGACUUUGAAGGUCCUGCGGAAGGGAUAUUCCAGGGAUCCAGAUUACGAGCAGCGGUAUGAGCAGCAUGUGGAUGGCAAGUUUUUCUCGUCGAACGUCAGGAAGACGAUGGAUGGUUACGUCCAACACAAAACGCCCGGUGUCACAUAUACGCCGACAAUCAGCGGCGGGAUCGGGAAAAAAGCCUUGCGUCAUUUCUAUGAACAUUACUUCAUCGGCAAACUUCCCCCGUCCAUGCGCCUUCGACUGCUAUCUCGUACCACAGGACCCGACCGCAUCGUGGACGAGCUGUACGUGAGCUAUGAGCACACACAGGAGGUUCCAUGGAUGCUACCGGGUGUCCCGCCGACAAACAAGCGAGUCGAGAUCAUCCUCGUGAGUAUUGUCAGUAUGCGCGCUGGGCGUCUUUACUCCGAGCACGUAUACUGGGACCAAGCCAGCGUCCUUGUUCAAGUCGGUCUUCUGGACCCCAAGCUGCUACCAGAAGGAGUCCAGGGUGUCGACCGACUGCCCGUUGUUGGGCGCGAAGCUGCUCGUCGCAUCCUCCAUGAGGAUACGGAGCUUGAACAGGAAGACUACCAUAACAAGAUGAUCCGUCGUGCGCGUGCCCGCGCGAGGAGGAGCAUGAAUCGGAGCGCCCGCGCGUCGCAGGCUGGUGAUGAGUCUGGUGCUGAGCUGAAGAGUGAAGCGGAGCAGGCGUUGCCUGAUAGGAGUCGGAAUGAGGGCAAGUCGGUUCAAGAAACGAAGCCUCCGGGUUUGCAGCGGACGGCCACGGAAAUUGCUGAGCACGGGCAUGAUGACGGCGCUGAUACGAAAACGGAGUCUAGUGUCAAGCCUAGGUCUGAGGCGGGCAAUCAGAGUGCCUAUGUCGAGGAUGGAGGAGAUGAUAGUGCUGAGAACGGGUCAAAGCAGACCUGACUUCUCACUUCUAUUUCUCUUUGUCGGGAUCACCACGAAGACAUUACCAUGGCCCUUCCUGUGCCUCUAGGGGAGAUGAAGUCGACGAUUCAUAAAUUGAGUUGGGAAUGUUCUUUCGAUUUUCUAGGCGACUGUUUUUUGAUUAUGAGUGAUGUUGUACCUGUCGAUUUCUUCUGUUUAACAUUAAUGGUUGUCAAUAUUUUGGAUACGAUGAUGAAUGUGAUAUGUAUGUUUGGACAGAUAUUGCAACAAUUGAGUUGAAAAUUGAAGCUCGAUCUUGCUGAGUGUCAUCAUUCAAGGCAUCGGUAAAGCUAUUAGUCCGACAUGGGAUAAUCAUGGACCUUUAUAUAUAGUUGUUGGGCGCUACGGAUGUAGGGACCAAAGGACACAAGAGGGUUGUAUUGGAAAGGAGACAAUCUCCCGAACUAUCUAACUGCUGCGUGGUUACUGCCUAAGGCUGGUUCAAAUUCAAC